CCGGAGCCGUUGCAGUAGUUCUUCUAAACCUUUGCAUGCAGUGCCGCCAGCAAGAGUGAUCGGAAUGGCAGCACUGAAUCCAUUCGUCGUAGAAACCAACCGUGCACUUGAGCAUACGUAUGCCAGCCCAAAACCCAGACAUGUCUCAGUAUUACACUGUUGCCGAUGAUCACAAAGCCUUAAUAAGUUCUGAAAACAUCUGCAUUGGAUUCGGUGCAGUUUGGGAUUAGAGCGAAGGUCAGCCUCUGAGUUGUUUGUGAUUCUUAUAGCCAAGGUCCACCCUGUUGCUGAGGUUGACUCAUCUAGGCGUUAGUUGUAGAAAUCGGCUAAGAUCCGAUCCACGCUGCCUUUGCGUCAACGUUAGAACUUGUUGCCGUCUCUUCGCAGUUACAGGAGGAAUUCGGAGCAGUGGUGGUUGAACGUUGAAAGUUACAGGUGGUGUCACGAUGUAGGAGGCGAGUGAUCGGUUAACCUGUUUGUGUCAACGUGCGCGAGUCUCCAAGGUUUGUGAUUUGAGAAUGAUUCACUUGAUCCACGGAAGGCAUUCAAGUCAAGAAACUGACAAGGCUCUGUGCAUUCGAGUCCCUUGCUAUCUGAUACCAUAUCUUCAGGACAUUUUUCUUGGGAAUGUGAUUGUGAUACUAUCCCAGGAAUGACCUCGUCCUGUAUGCUUCUUGACGGAGUUCUUCGUACACUACGGGAUCUUCAAGCACAUUCUCUGAAGCGCAGCUAGUUCGCCUUUUCAUUGAGUUCUGUCAUUAGUUCCUUCUUGUCAUUGACUGAAUUUCGUUGUAGUGAAUUAGCGCGUUCAAUCUCCAGAAGUUGAGAAAUUCCGACGCUGGUCCCUCUACUGCAACCUGCUUUUUGUCCACAAUUCCAUUCUUGCUUGCAUCCGUGAGAGGAAUCCUCAGCUUCUGGGAUCUUCUUGGGGAGAUGUGUAGUGGAGGUCGAAUGCCUGUGGUUUUGAUCACAAUGCAACUUUUCAACGACCUCUACAAUUCUGCACAAGUGUGAGAGGGUUGAAGCCUACAUGAACCUGAGCGUCUGCUCUGUUGUUUUAGUUUGCAGCUGGCUUUACAUGUCCAUAGAUGUAGGACAGUUGGCCAUGUGCCACUGUCUAUGAGUAUGCUAAAGUUCUACACGAUUCAAGACUUAGCCUUCUCAUGCUGGUGACCUGGAACUUGGAUUCCAAUCACUAAUGGCUGAGAAAGAGAGAUGGUAAUCAACGAUUUUGGUCUCUACUAGAGAUUUGUUCGUUCGAGUUUAUUUGCGGCAUACUAUUUACAAUAGACUAGCAAUAUUAUUUUGUAGAUCUCCCGGAUGUGGAAGAAUCAAGCUUUCAUGACUGUGUGAAGGUCUCUAUUUAGAUAGGGGAGUAUUUUUACAUUUGGGUUACCUGAAGAAUAUUUGUGAAGAUGGCACUCGCAGCCACUCCUGCUCUUUCGACUUUCUAUGGCAUGGAAGCUACCAACCUUCUCCAAGCUCCGAAUUUCUCAGGAAAUCCCAGCUACAUGCUGAACGAUGCUGGACCCUUGUCACUUGGAUAUGGAUUCUCAUCGGGAGGUUCGUCAUUGUACAACUACGGUGACAAUGCGGCGCUUGCAGUAUCUUGGGAUGCUUACCUUACCAGGGACUGCAGCAACUUUAACCCGCCCAACACGUUGUCGCAGUCACUGUCUUUUAGUGACUCCUCUGUGUACUCAACCGACGAAUCGGACCUGUUCAUGAGUAACAACUCCGACGAAUUGUUUCAACUGAUCAAUGAAUGUAACCUUCUCAGCGCCGGUAGCUCCGUCAGUACAAUUCAUCCUAAUCUGGUGAGCACUUUGAAGAAUAUGGUGUCGCCCGGGUUGGUGGGGUCUUGCAUAUCUCAAGGUGAUAUGACAUGUCAUAAUGCUCAGGCGGCCGUGCUCGAUCAGCUAGCAUUGACGCAAACAUGGAUGGAGCAACAUCAGCAGGAGCAGUUGCAGCAUGACAACAUCGACAGCCUGCGCAGUGCAUUAAUGCGACACAGUCAGCCACAGGUGAUGGUUCCGAAAGUUGAGCUUCAUGAUUUUACUUCGACUGUUGGAGCCAUGGUGCCUAUGGCUACAAUCUCCGACCUCAAGCCUCAAAAGGCUGAUGAGAAGUCAGAGACUGAAGAUAGUAUCGAAGCGGCGGUGGUCUCAUUAGACCUGAUCAAGAACAGACGUCCGUUCAGAUGCCAACAUGAAGGAUGCAACAAAACCUUCAAGAAUCCGCAGACCAUGAAAAUGCAUCACAAGACGCAUUACAGCGACGGAAGUGCCGCAAGUAAGGCUUGCAUGUUACCAACAUUGUCGAGUUCCCUGAAAGCUGGUCACAACAAGAAGAUCCCCUCGAGGUGUCCCAAGUGCAAGAAGACGUUUGUGGGACUGUACGAGCUCCGCCGCCACUACGGCCGGAAGCAUUCAGAGGGUGAGAAGCCAUUCGGGUGUCGCAAGUGCGGGAAGAAGUUCUACAUAGAGGUUGAUGUGCGCGAUCACGAGAAGUUGUGUGGUGAGCCGAUCGAGUGCAAAUGUGGCCUCAAGUUCGCCUUUAAAUGCAACUUGGUUGCCCACAAAAAGGCUCAUCCUGCUUGCCAGGAUCACCUGCUGAACAACUCCAACUCGACGACCUCAAAUAACCAGUCUUCCUACUCCGACGACUCGGAGCAAAGUCCUUGCAGCUUGCGAAGUUCUCCAAGAUCGGGAACGAAGAGGGCACGAGAGCCCGCGAGUCCAAUCCAAUCUAGUUUGCACGUCCCACUUCCAGACUUCGAAGGGAUUCCAGAAGCUCCAGCUUUCAAGAUGGCCCGUCAUGACCUUGCAUGGAUGUCGUUUCCGACAGAUACGAGCUUGCUUUGCGCUUCCAAUGUGAACUAUCCACCAAUUUCUUUCACGAAUCUGCCACUGUCAAGCCGGUAUCCAAACCAAGGUGAUUCUCAAGAGCACUUUUCCAGUAAAGUGCACCCUAUCUCAUCAACGUACCCGGAAGCUGUGAACUGUGAGAUGGGGAUUGUUUCAACCAACUCCCCUUUAAGGCAUGGUCCGGCUGAUGUAGCCUCAUUGCCGUCGGCACCCACAAAGUCAGCCACGCCAUGGGCAAAUUUUUUCUAUAGUUUUUCCCACGAAGCCGUCUCCGUUUAAGGGCCCUCAUAGCCUUUGACCAUUCCGUUCAUAACGUACGGUCAAAGUCUAUGAGGAUAAUAUUCUUGUGGUUCACUAACGUCAGAUCGAGGAUAAUAAAUCACUCUUUCACGGCGAGUUCGAAGAGGGAAAAUACCUCCUCUUCUAUAUUAUUAUUCUUUAUCAUCUCGAUUACCGGGUUUAGCAUUCUGCACGAUAGGUUCUAAUUAGUUUCAGGAGAGAUCCGCGGAUCGAAUUUUAAACAUUACUCUCCACCUCCAGCUUUGAUGAACUCAUGGUAGAGUAGAUACAUUCUUUCACGUGGAAUAACCUCCAUCUUAACAUUGUGCUGCGAACCCUAUGUGAUUCCUUUGAUGGCUUACAACCUGCAAUAAGACCAUGUACAUGUUUCACUUGC